AUGUCUGAAGAGAGCAAAGUGCUUGUCGGCGUGAUUGGCGGAAGUGGUCUGUACCACUUGGACAACCUCACCUUGAUAAAGCAAGUGAGCCCGGAGACGCCCUGGGGCCCCCCAAGCUCUCCCAUCAACAUCUGCGCCCUCCCUACUGGCACCCAAAUUGCCUUCCUCACCCGGCAUGGUAUUGGCCAUACCAUUAACCCGUCCGCAGUGCCUGCACGUGCCAACAUUGCCGCCCUCAAGUCGCUCGGCGUGCGUGCAAUUCUCGCCUUUUCAGCCGUCGGCUCGCUGCGCGAGGAAAUCGCACCAGGCGACUGCGUGCUGCCGACGCAGAUCAUCGACCGCACGAAGGGUGUGCGUCCCGCCAGCUUCUUCGAGGGAACCUCCGUCGUCGCACACGCGUCCUUUGGCGACCCGUUCAGCAACCGGCUCGUCCAUUGGCUCGAGAAGCGCGUCGCGGACGCCAUUGCCACUCACGGCGCUGGUGCAAAGCUGCACACGGACAAGUGUGUCGUCUGCAUGGAGGGCCCGCAGUUCUCGACGCGCGCCGAGAGUAAGAUGUAUCGUGCUUGGGGUGGCGAUAUCAUCAACAUGAGCGUACUGCCUGAGGCGAAGCUCGCGAGGGAGGCGGAGCUUGGAUAUGCGCUCAUCGCCACUGCCACCGACUACGACUCCUGGCGCGAAAGCGAGGGCUCAGUCACCACCGCUGAGGUCUUCAAAGUCCUCCAGAAGAACGCGCAGCUCUCGCGCACCGUCGCCGCUACGAUCCUCGACGAACUCCACGAGGCUGCCGAGGAGGGCGGCAUCCUCACUGAGGAGGUUGGCGCAAUGAAGUUCUCCAUCAUGCCCCGCUCCGAGAAGCAGAAAGACGAAGACAGGCAGAAUCUCGCAUAUAUCCUACCUACCUACUUCCAAUAGAGUGCUUAAAGAUCUUGGAGAUGCAUAUAGAAGUGAUGAUCUGUAGAAAUAGAUGAACUAUAAAAUGUUUU